CUGGAUCAGGUGUCAACCGGACUACUAUCAGUAUCCUACAGGAAGGAUACACAUUUCUUUAAUUUUAACGCUUUUCCUUCUUUUCCGGCCGUUUGGGUGAAGGCACUGGGGUGAUUUAUUAUUUUGUUAAAGGGACUACGCUGAAAAAGAGAAAACGGUUUUUGUUUCGGGAACAUCAACGCUCCGUAACUGUGCAUGUUACUGCUGUAAUUUGAUAUAAACUACAUAGAUUGUUAUUUCUCUUUUAUUUCCGAAUGUCUGUACGGAUUCAAAGUCAUAACUUGGCGCAGGUGUAGUUGAAGGCUAUGUGGCGUGAUCGUGUAGCAUUCCAAACAAUGUUUCCCGAUAAGUCUGCCUUUCCUGUCCGAAGCGUGGAGAGUUGAGGAGAGAGGCGAGCCCCCAGAAUAUGAUCUCACGGAGCGAGAAUGCGAGGAGCCAUGAGCUGGUCGGGUUCCCACGGCGGGCUGAGAUGCUCUGGGUCCGGGAUUAACCUGCUCUACCUCUCGCUGCUGCUCUGGAGCUCCUGCUCUGGCAUGGACGGACUGGCUGAUUUCUCAAAAUACCUGUCCCGGAUCAUAACCAGUCACUCUGUGCUGGCGUGCGACGGGCAGCAGUUGCGUCUCUACUGUCCACGCCACUCCACCAUCUCUAUCCAGUCGGCGUUUUACGGACGCGCCGACGCAAGGCUCUGCACCAACGACAACGUGACGCCUGCGGUCGUCAGAGCGGCAAACUGCAGCUGUUCAGCGUUUACUACCCUACAGAAGUUACUGUCAGAGUGUCAGAGCCACAGAGACUGUCAGCUACCUGUCAAUCACCUGGUGUUUGGGCCCGACCCCUGUCCUGGGACCAUCAAGUACCUCCACGUCACCUACAAGUGUAAACCUACUGAGCAUAAGAGCAGUGUGGUGUGUGAGGGAGAGAAGCUGACGUUACACUGUAAGCCUCCCAGAGUGCUGAUCAUCUAUACAGCUGUUUAUGGUAGGGGUCUGGGUCACACCUGUCCCUCACAGGACAGAGGAACACCCCCGUUUGAGUGUUCGAACCACAAUGCGGUUCACACGCUGUCACAGAGGUGCUACAGCAAACAGAGGUGUGUUGUCGCCGUAGACAACCAGACCUUCAGAGACCCCUGCUACCCUGGAACCAGGAAGUACCUGACUGUACUUUACUCCUGUGUACCACAGAUGAUUCUGCAGGAAGCAGACCCAGGUCUUCUACUCAGAACCACCUCACACCCCAAAGCUGACCCCGGUCCUCCCCCAGCUGACCCCGGUCCUCCCCCAGCUGACCCCGGUCCUCCCCCAGCUGACCCCGGUUCUCCCCCAGCUGACCCCGGUCCUCCCCCAGCCCACCCCGGUCCUCCCCCAGCCCACCCUGGUCCUCCCCCAGCCCACCCUGGUCCUCCCCCAGCCCACCCUGGUCCUGCAGACGUGGCUGUCUAUCCUAAGGGCUCCAGAACACCAGGAAACACAGGAGUCAUGAUGAGUAACUCUGUUAUGACUUACUCCUAUAUUAAAGAGCACCCAGAGACUGCAGCGUUGCUGUUCACCUCCAGUGUGUGUGUUGGUCUGCUACUCACCCUGCUGGCUGUGUCUAUCAGACUGACCUGUAGGGGGCUCCGCCACACACACAAAACACACGCACACAGAAAACACACACGCAGGAGCCAGGAAGAGGAGGAGGAUGAUGAUGAUGAUGACGACGAAGAAGAGGAGGAGAUGACUGACUGCUCGCUGCUGUCGGACUCAGACAGGCAGCUGGCUUACUGCUGGGAGGAAGUGAGCUACAGGACAGCGGAUGCGGAGAGGGUAGAACGCACGGAGAGGAGAGACAUGGUGAUACAGGAGAUAUGGAUGAACUCUGAUCUCUACGGGACGUCCUGAUCUGGACCAGACUCCUUAUUUACCACUCAGUUACACAGCUGGAGUAAACCAGACUCCUUAUUUACCACUCAGUUACACAGCUGGAGUAAACCAGACUACUUAUUUACCACUCAGUUACACAGCUGGAGUAACAGGACCAGACUCCUUAUCUACCACUCAGUUACACAGCUGGAGUAAACCAGACUCCUUAUCUACCACUCAGUUACACAGCUGGAGUAAACCAGACUCCUUAUCUACCACUCAGUUACACAGCUGGAGUAAACCAGACUCCUUAUCUACCACUCAGUUACACAGCUGGAGUAAACCAGACUCCUUAUUUACCACUCAGUUACACAGCUGGAGUAACAGGACCAGACUCCUUAUUUACCACUCAGUUACACAGCUGGAG